CUGUUUUAAGCUCUGCUUUUGCUUUGCCUCUCUGAUUUUCCGGAGACAAGUCUCUUUCUUCUCCUUGAUCCCAUAAAGUUUCUUUUUAAAUUUCUUUUUCUCGUCGGAUUCUAGAACGAAAAAGGUGAACUUCAAGUGAGGAGCAAGUUUUUGAACCGGUUGUUAGCGUACCAUGCAGUUAGUACUCUACGAUUCGGCUUUUUCAAACCGAUUCAUCGACGGAAUCUGAUUUUUUUAACAAGAUGAUGCUUCGUGUAAUUGAAAUCCUGUGCGAAUCAAAGCUUGUUAUGAAGACAAUGACGGAAAAUACAGCUGAGAAAAGAACAAGGUUUUGGCGUUUGCUUUUCUCUACAAGUUAGUUUAUUAGGAACUUGAAUGUGAAUGGAAGAAGUGGCUCCUCUCCUCAACGGCGUAUGCUGUAGUUUUCCGACGAAGGAUUUUUUUCUUGAAGCGUUGUUGUUUCAUAGCAUAAAAGCUUGGAAAGUAACUUUAUGGUGAAGAUAUUUGAUCUCUGGAACAACCAAAGUUAUCGGAUUCCUUUAAAAAAAGUUGGUAUUUUUGUAAUUGAUUCAAACUAGUAAGCAUGAAGGCUCCACCAACUGGAUUUUUGGCAAAUCCUGCUGAAGGAGAUAGGAAGAGUAUCAAUUCAGAAUUAUGGCAUGCUUGUGCUGGACCACUGGUUUCUUUGCCACCAAUUGGAAGUCUGGUGGUUUAUUUUCCUCAAGGCCACAGCGAACAAGUUGCAGCAUCAAUGCAGAAGGAGACUGAUUUCAUACCAAGUUACCCUAACCUUCCUUCCAAGUUGAUUUGUGUCCUCCAUAAUGUUACAUUGCAUGCUGAUCCAGAAACUGAUGAGGUCUAUGCCCAGAUGACUCUUCAACCUGUAAACAAAUAUGACAAGGAAGCAUUACUGGCAUCUGAUAUGGGCCUCAAGCACAGCAGGCAACCUGCUGAGUUCUUUUGCAAGACUCUUACAGCUAGUGAUACUAGCACUCACGGUGGAUUUUCAGUCCCUCGUCGAGCAGCUGAGAAGAUCUUCCCUCCUCUGGAUUUUUCCAUGCAACCACCAGCUCAAGAGCUUGUAGCAAGAGAUUUGCAUGAAAAUGCAUGGACUUUUAGACAUAUUUAUCGAGGUCAACCAAAGAGGCACCUUCUGACUACUGGUUGGAGCGUCUUUGUUAGCACAAAAAGACUCUUUGCUGGUGAUUCUGUUCUUUUCAUAAGAGAUGUGAAGUCACAGCUUCUCUUGGGUCUAAGGCGCGCUAAUAGACAACAGCCGGCUCUCUCGUCAUCAGUGAUUUCUAGUGAUAGCAUGCAUAUAGGGAUCCUUGCUGCUGCAGCCCAUGCUGCUGCAAAUUUCAGCCCAUUUACUAUAUUCUACAAUCCAAGGGCAAGCCCCUCUGAGUUUGUGGUACCUUUAGCGAAAUAUUACAAAGCCAUGUACACCCAAGUUUCUCUUGGCAUGCGGUUUAGAAUGAUGUUUGAGACUGAGGAGUCUGGAGUACGAAGAUACAUGGGUACAGUUACUGGUAUCAGCGACCUGGAUCCUGUGCGAUGGAAAAACUCACAAUGGCGCAAUCUUCAGGUUGGUUGGGAUGAAUCUACAGCUGGAGAACGGCCCAGGCGAGUUUCAAUUUGGGAAAUUGAGCCUGUUGUAUCUCCUUUCUUCAUAUGUCCACCUCCUUUUUUCAGACCCAGGUUUCCAAAGCAACCAGGGAUGCCAGAUGAUGAUUCUGAUGUCGAGAACGCUUUCAAAAGAGCUAUGCCUUGGCUUGGAGAUGAUUUUGGUAUGAGAGGUACCCCUAGUUCAAUCUUCCCUGGUUUGAGUUUAGUUCAGUGGAUGAAUAUGCAACAAAGUAAUCAGUUUCCAGCUGCUCAAUCAGGAUUCUUUCCAUCAACGGUUUCUUCGAAUCCACUGCAUAAUAACCUUAGCAUUGAUGAUCCUUCCAAAUUAUUGAAUUUUCAAGCUCCUGUAUUACCUGCACCGAAUAUGCAAUUUAAUAAAGCUAACCCAAACCAAGUCAACCAGUUGCCUCAGGCACCUACGACUUGGCCCCAGCAGAUAUUGCAGACUCCGCUAAAUCAACAUCAGCAGCAGCAACCCCAACAGCAAUUGCAGCAACAACAGCCACAACAACCAAAGCAGCAGCCACAGCCACAGUCACAUCUUCUUCAUCAACAGCAGCCUCAGCCACAGCCAUCUCCAAAGCAACAGCAACACAUCCACCAGGAACAAAGACAACAGCCACAACAGCAGCAGCCGCUGCAACAACAACCAACCCUACCGCCUCAAGUAAUUAAUGGCAUUGUUGCUCCUAACCAGAUCUCAAAUCAAAAUUUGCAUCAGCCAGCUGUUUACUCUCACUUGCAGCAGCAACAAUUGUUGACAAGCAAUAGCCUGUCUACCCAAACUACCCUCUCCGCUCAUAUGACUUCAUAUCCUUUGACGUCAUUACCACAAGAUACACGGGUUCAGCAGCAGAUGGAACAGCAACCUAACCUCAUGCAGAGGCAGCAGCAACAGACACAACUGCAGCAAAGCCUGUCCCAGAGGACACAGCAGCAGCCGCAGAUUCUGCAACUAUCACAGCAGGGCCUCUCGGAGCAACUGCAAUUACAACUUCUCCAAAAAUUGCAGCAGCAGCAGCAGCAGCAGUCGGCUCAACAAUUACUCUCCGCAGCUGGGUCUCUGCUGCAGCCUCCAAUGUUGCAGCAACAGCAAACUCAUCAACAGAACCAACCAUUGCAGCAGUUGCCUCUUUCUCAGAGCCAGGUGCAACCACUGGGUGGCAAUGGCUUCUCAACAUCAAUGUUUGUGCAACCUCAACAACUUUCAGUGCAUCAAUCCCAAAGUCAGAACAAACAACUUAUGGCAAUGAGAAGCAAUUCUGGUCUUAUUGAUGGAGAUGCUCCACCGUGUUCGACCUUAUCUUCUACCAAUAAUUGUCAGGUUUCCCCAUCAAACCUUAUAAACAGAAGUCACCAUGUACCAUCCAUAUUGAUGACAGAUCCAGUUGUUGAGCCUCCAAGUACACUAGCUCAAGAGCUCCUGAGCAAGCCUGAUAUUCAAAUCAAACAUGAGCCGCCCACCUCUAGAGGACUAGACCAAUCAAAGUACAAAAGUUCUGUAACAGACCAAUUAGAAGCAUCCUCUUCUGGAACAUCAUAUUGCUUGGACGCAGGCACCCUCCAGCAUAAUGCCUCCCUUGCCUUUCUGGAAGGUGAUGUCCAAUCACAUUCUCGGAACAAUCUUCCUUUUACAGCCAAUAUUGAUGGAUUGGCACCUGAGACUUUGUUAACAAGGGAAUAUGACUCUCAAAAGGAUCUUCAAAACAUGCUUUCUAAUUAUGGUGGUAACCCUAGAGAUAUUGACACUGAGUUGUCUACUGCGGCAAUAAGCUGUCAGUCAUUUGGUGUGCCAAAUAUACCUUUCAAGACAGGAUGCUCAAAUGAUGUUGCCAUAAAUGAGACAGGAGUUUUAAAUGGCGGAUUGUGGACCAACCAAACUCAACGCAUGCGAACAUAUACAAAGGUGCAAAAGCGUGGUUCUGUGGGAAGAUCAAUUGAUGUGACCCGCUACAAAGGGUAUGAUGAACUCCGGCAUGAUCUAGCCCGCAUGUUCGGUAUCGAAGGGCAGCUGGAGGAUCCACAAAGUUCUGACUGGAAAUUAGUUUAUGUGGAUCAUGAAAAUGACAUAUUACUUGUUGGUGACGAUCCUUGGGAAGAAUUUGUAAGUUGUGUUCAAAGCAUAAAGAUACUGUCGUCAGCAGAAGUACAGCAGAUGAGCUUGGAUGGUAAUCUUGGAAAUGUGUCAGUUCCCAAUCAAGCUUGCAGUGGGACUGAAAACGGAAAUGCAUGGAGAGGACAUUAUGAUGAUACCUCAGCAGUCUCAUUUAACAGAUGAUGUUUCUAAAUUCGGAUAUUGAGAUGUCUUCUUCCCUUGAACUUUGCCCGGGCCUGUGGAUGAAUAUAUUUUAUGCUUGUUCACUCAAAGGAGUACAAUGCAGUCCAGUCCUUCAAGAGAAGUGAUUAGCCUGGGUGAUUGAGCUAAUCCGGUGGUGUAAGUUGACUCUGUCCUUCGUUGAUUCUCCAAUGAUGACUUAAGGUUCAGAAGGAAACAAGAGGCAAGGGACCAUUGAUGUAUAAAAUAAACAUGUUCAAAGAGCUGAUCUGACAUUCUCUCCUGUAAAUGCUAUGAUAUAGAGCACAUUAUCCAGAAGAUGUGUACUUUGGUUGUAGCUAUCUAUUACUUGGCAGAUAAAAUUAGCAUCAAUUUUUGUUCA